CAUAGGAAAAUGGGCAAGUUUACAAUUUUCUCAAACAAAUUGAAUUUUUCCUUUGAAACAACAAUCACUGAACAAGGCAAUCUAGCUGAUUCUUUAACCAAGUUUUGUGUGCUCACAAUCUUCGCCAAGAAUGGCUGCCAAUUUCUGGACUUCUUCUCAUUACAAGCAGCUUUUGGAUCCAGAAGAGGUAGAUGUGGUGCCGCAACAGGAUAAAGAUAAGGGCAUAACGCUCGAGGAUUUUAAGCUCAUCAAACUGCAUAUGGCUAAUUAUAUCGUGAAAUUGGCGCAGCAAGUUAAAGUUAGGCAAAGGGUUGUGGCCACUGCAAUUACGUACAUGAGGCGCGUUUAUACCAGAAAGAGUAUGUCUAUGUAUGAUCCUCGUCUUGUCGCUCCAACCUGCUUGUACUUGGCAGCAAAAGCAGAAGAGAGCACUUUGCAGGCCAGAUUUCUUUUAUUUUACAUCAGAAAGAUAUAUUCUGAUGAAAAGUACAGAUGUGAAAUCAAAGACAUACUUGAGAUGGAAAUGAAGAUUUUGGAAGCUCUCAACUAUUACCUAGUUGUUUUCCAUCCUUAUCGUUCGCUAUCUCAGUUGUUGCAGGAUGCUGGCAUUCAUGACACAAACAUGAUUCAGUUAUCUUGGGGACUUGUAAAUGACACCUACAAGAUGGACUUGAUUCUUAUGCAUCCACCACAUUUGAUUGCUUUAGCUUGCAUUUACAUUGCUAGUGUGUAUAGAGAGAAAGAUAUAACAGCAUGGUUUGAAGAGCUUCGCGCUGAUAUGAAUGUGGUGAAAAAUAUCUCAAUGGAAAUAUUGGAUUUCUACGAAGGCCAUAGAUCGAUCGCCGAGGAAAGAGUUACGGCUGCGUUGAACAAACUAGCUCUCAAGUCCUAAAUGGUUCAGCAAAUCCUGCUACUACUACUCAUGGAAGUACUCACAUUUUACAUCUACUCCAUGAAGAAGUAAAAUGGGCAUGGAAGCUGUUGAGACGAACCUUCAACCCACAGAUUAAACCCGUUUGCUCUUUCGCAGAAAUGGGAAAGGUGCCUCAGUCGAAAUGGUAGACAUCUUAUGCCUCAGUCGAAGUAUCGGUUUGUGAAGUUAAAACAGCUUAGACGUGCUUCUAAGGGAUUUAAAAGUAUUAGCUCAAUAAAUGAUAGUAGCUAGCUCUUCUUUGUGUUGUUGUUGUUUGUCCAACCACUUUUUCUUUUGGGAAAAUCACUAGAAAAUCCAUACAUUAGGUCAAACUAUACGAGUCAAUUAUUACUUUAAGGAUCGGAUUGCAUCGAGCUAGAGUUGAAGGGUAUAGUGUCAUAAACGUUUAAAAAUAUAUAUGCAUCUUUUACUAAUUUUAGAUAA